AUGGGCCUCUACAACAAGCUUCCCGAUAGCAUCCAGGAGGUGGAUGUUAUCAUCGCCGGCGGCAACCUGCGUGGUUGCCUCACGGCUGGCGGCAGCAGACCCGAGCCUGUCGAUCCUGAUGAUCGAGGGCGGCCAGAACAACGCCAAUGUCCCAACCAUUACCCACCCCGCCUUGUUCCUCAUCCACCUUGCACCUGGCAGCACGUCCAACUUAUUUUACAAAACCAAAAGGUCUGCCGCUCUGGCAGACCGAUGGUCUGGCGCGGAUAUGCUUCCUUAUUUGAAGAAGGUGACUGCCCGUGUACUCCUACAAGCCUUAAAGCACUGACGCUCGUAAAGGUCGAGACAUACCAUGGCAAGGACGAGAAGGGUGUGCAUGGCCACGAUGGCCCUAUUCACGUCUCUCGCGGCACGUACCAUUCGAAGAAAGUCGAGGACGAAUUCAUCACCUCGGCAGCAAAGGUCGGGUGGCCCGAAGUCGAGGAUGUGCAGGAUCUGGAGAGUGUAAACGUUGUGGGGCGGGCUUAUCGUUAUGUUUCUCUCGAUGGCAAACGACAAGACGCAGCAACCUGCUACCUCCACCCGUUGUUGAACGAAGGGGAGCACCCCAACCUCCACGUGUUGGUCGAGUCCCAGGUCAAGCGGGUUCUGUUCGACAAAAGCAAGGCGGUCGGUGUUGAGCUCCGGCCGAACCCGGCCUUCGGUGGCAGUGCGAGCGAUAUCAAGACCGUCAAAGCCCGCAGACUUGUUGUUGUAUCAUGCGGAGCUUGCGGCACGCCUUCUCUCUUGGAAAGAUCCGGCAUAGGCAGCCAGCCGGUCUUGCAAGCUGCGGGUGUGCCGGUUGUGGCAGAGGCGCCCGGUGUGGGAAAUGGCUACGAAGACCAUCACUUGGCCGUGUACCCGUACCUCAACUCCCUGGACGCUAGCGACACGCUCGACGACCUAGCGUACGGCCGUAUGGGAAACCCAGAAGACCUGAUCAGGGCACAACACCCCAUGUUGGGUUGGAACGCCCAAGAAGUCCAGGUGAAGGCCCGGCCGACAGACGCAGAGGUUGCCGCCCUGGGGCCUGAGUUCAAAAAGGCAUGGGACCGGGAGUUUAGAGACCAUCCUGAGAAACCUACCGUGAUCUUCACUGUCAUUGCCGGGUUCCCCGGAGAUCCGAGCCUCAGUACCGGUGGCCCCGGAUUGGCCAUAUCCGCCUUCACGGUUUACCCGUUUUCGCGUGGGCACAUCCACAUCACAGGGCCGCAGCUCGAAGACCCGGUCGAUUUUGACACUGGGUUCUUCGCUGACGAUGGCGACUUGGAUAUCAAAAAGCACCAAUGGACCUACAAGAAGCAACGGGAAAUCAUGCGGCGAAUGCCCUCCUACCGGGGUGAGAUGGCCGCGUGCCACCCACCUUUUGGGCCUGGUUCACAGGCAGCAAGUGUCACUCUCCAGGACGGUCCGCUCCCCGCCGACGCGCCUGACAUCGAGUACUCAGCCGAUGACGACGCUGUGCUUGAAAGGUGGCUGCGGGAGAAUAUCAGCACUACUUGGCAUUCUCUCGGGACGUGCAAGAUGGCGCCGCGCGAUGAUGACGGUGUGGUAGAUGAGAAUCUAAGCGUUUAUGGGGUCGAGGGCCUCAAGAUUGCCGAUCUGAGCAUUGUGCCUCGCAAUGUUGCUGCGAACACGAACAACACGGCCUUGGUGAUUGGUGAGAAGGCCGCCGAUAUUAUCAUCAAGGAGCUGGACUUGCAUUCGGACAAGGUGGCAUGA